AUGUAUGGCCCUAAGGCUGCUUACACUAUGACCCAAGAAAAGGCAAAUUCUCAUGCCCCGUCUGCCAAUUUGUGGAUAAUUUACACUGGUGCUUAUGAUCAUAUGACUUGUGAUACUAACAUGUUUAAUGACUUGUCUCGUAACCCUCGUGAUUACUAUAUCACUAGUACUAAUGGUUUACCUUCCCCCGUUACCGAUGAAGGAUCUCAUAACUCACUAGACGAUCGGGCAUGGUAA